AUGGAAGAAGAAGACGACGAUUUCUAUGCUCAGAACGGCGAUGCCACUGUCAAGAACGAGCAACCAACAAACCAAGACGACCCUAACGAACAACCCGACAUCGACCUAGAUGAUCAAGACGAUGACGACGGCGACGACGACGACGACGACGACAGUGACGAUAGCGACAUUGAUAUUAUCACCGAGCACAAGGAAGGCGCUGCUCCAGAGCCUCCGCCAGCUCGUUCGUUCCGCGGCAUCAAGCCUGAAGCUCCUGCGCGCACCGCUUCCGUCGAUACCGUCCCUACACAGCAGAAUCAACAGACUCCUACCGUCAAGACAGAGCCUUCGGCACAAAAUAAGAAGCUUGUAUCCUUGAAGGACGGUUCCACUUAUCCCGAAGUUCGCACCUCGUCAAUAGACAUCAAUGCCACUCCUUCUUGGGAUCCUGCUGGAAAGCUCAUCACUGAAGUCGAUAUUGACGCCGAUCUCGCCGAACACACAAAACCCUGGCGCUUGCCCGGCACCGAUCAGACAGACUUCUUCAACUAUGGCUUUGACGAGUUCACCUGGACCCAGUACUGCUUGCGACAGCAGAACAUGUCUUCUACAAUCAACAACCAAAAAGUCGAGACGAAACAAUUCGAGAUGAUGUUGGCUGGAGGAGGUAUGCCUGGUCAAGCUGCACCUGCUGGCCCCCAAUCCGCUGCGCCCGGUGGUCCCAUGGGCAUGGGAAUGCCUGGAAUGGGCAUGCCCGGUAUGCCCGACAUGAACCCUGAAAACAUGGCCGCCUUCGCCAGUGUCUUGCAAAGCCAAGGCAUUGACCCUAGUCAGCUCGACUUCAACACGUUUAUGCAACACUAUCAGCAAGCUUCUAUGGGAGGUGGUCAGGGUGGUUAUGGUGGUCAGUCUCAGCAAUCGAAUCAAGGAUAUGGUGGUCAGCAACAGCAAUCCUUCCAGCAGCAAGGUGGCCCAGGCUUCCAGGGAGGUACACCACAGCCUGGUCAACAGGGUCAACAAGCUCAGGGUCAAGGCUUCGACGGAUACAGUCAGCAGCAGAUCGCAAUGAUGCAGGGUCAAGGAGGUAUCCCGUCAGGUCCCUCCGGUGGUCGUGGACGUGGUAGAGGUCGGAGAUGGCAAUAG